AGAUUCUGCUUCAGAGUGACAGAUAGAUAAACAACAAAACUUAACCUCAUUAUCGUAGGAUUUGAGAUUUCAGGUGGAGUUAUAUUAAGAACAAAGAAUUAUGAAUCAAGCCGAAGUAUCCAAAUUAGUUUCUAAGCUAAGGAUAAAAGUUCCGCCUAAGCAUCGCAAGUUACCCAAUCCAAAGGGUCCAGAGGGAAGGUUAGAUAAAUUACGUAAAACAGUAACUGGUUUGAUUAAAUAUGAAAGAAUUGAACUAAAUUAUAACAGGGCCGACGAAGCCCGUCAAUACGCCGAAAGACUUAUAUCGGAAGCUAUCCGACAUGGAGACUGCCACAAACCCACGAUGGAUACGGCCAAUUUUUGGCUCUUAGAAAAGGAACUGGUACAUAAACUUUUCAAAGUUUUAGUGCCAAGGUUUGAAAAUUCCAGUGUAGCAUACACAAAACUGUACAAUGCACCAAAGCCACAAUAUGCCCGAGUGCUAGACAAAGCUGUGCUGGAACUUAAAGGAAACCCUUAUCCAGAACUGGGAAACAAACAAACAAAUAAUAAGUAUUUCAUACAAAAUAUUUUGCUUGAUGCUGCUAAGCAUGAAUACAGGCAAGCUAAAUAUGCAGAAGUGGCAAAUAAAAUAGGACAAGCCGGAAAUGAAACAUCUCCAGUAAACACAGAAAAUGCUGAAAAAUUAAAUGAGAAACCUAUGAGUAGCUGAAAGAAAUCUGUUUAAAUUAUUAACUGUAAAAUAACAUUUAAGACUAUCAUGUAGUAAAAUAAAUAUAGAUAUGCCAUUCAGUGUGGCUAUUA